CGGCAGUUUCCUGCUAGUGCACGGAGAAGGCUGUGCUGUGUGUUCAUAUUGUUACACUGCCAAUAAAGUAUUCCGAAGAAAAAAAAAAGGUGCAGGAGAGGAGAGAGCUAGAGGGCUGUGUGGAGUGAGCAGUUCACAUUGCUGGGAUGUUUCAGCUGGAGCAGCUCUCUUUGUGUGUAUAAGUCUGACUGGCAAGCAAAUAUCACAAGGAAGAGUUAAAGUAGCAUGCUCAUCCCUUGUUCCCUGUAAUCCGGGGGCCAGCCCAACUUUGCCGAGCGCAGGUUUGCAUAGAGGAAACAAAGUUGCAACUUCCAAACGAUCACUGAGUGUGACUGCCAGAUCCUAUGAGAUGCCUGCAGCGUCCCUAGUGCCAGCAUCUGUGCACAUCUAAGCCGGAGCUGCAGCCUUAUGAGAAGGGACUAUGGGAAACGGUAUGUGCUCUAGGAGACAGAAGAGGAUCUUCCAGGCUCUCGCCUGCCUGGCUGUGGCCAUAGGAUUCGUAUAUGGAGCGAUGCUGAACUAUCAUCUGCAGAACGAUCUCAAAAAGGCAGAAGCUGUGGCACUGAAGUACCAGCAACAUCAUGAGUCCAUGUCGGCGCAGCUGCAAGUGGUGUAUGAGCACAGGUCACGACUAGAAAAAUCAUUACAGAAGGAAAGACUGGAACACAAGAAAGCUAAAGAAGAUUUCCUUGUUUAUAAAUUAGAAGCACAAGAAACCUUAAAUAAAGGAAGGCAAGAUUCCAAUAACAGAUAUAAUGCUCUGGGCGUACAGCAUGAAAUGUUAAAGAGUCAGCAUGAAGAGUUACGGAAACAGCACAAUGAGCUUCAAGGAGAACAUCAGAAACUGGGGGAAGACCUUACAAGGACAUACAGCAAUCACAAAGAGAAGUAUUUACUUUUACAGCAAGAAAAGGAGCAGGAACACUCUAAGCUAAAAGAAAGUAUCUACAAUCUACGAGAGGAGAAUAAACAGCUCAGGAAGGCCCAUCAGGAUGUUCACCUCCAGCUUCAAGAUGUCAAGCAACAGCAUAAGAACUUGCUCUCUGAACAUGAACAAGUUGCAAUGAACUUGGAAACCCACAAGAGUGCGCUAGCAGCCGCACAGAGCCAGGUAGAAGAGUAUGUGCAGUUAAAAAAAGCGCUCAAUAAAAUGUCAAGCCUACGCCAACCAGAAAAGGACACUGUACCAAUAGGACGAAAUAAUUCACCGACCAUUGCACCCACUCAGGAACACGCCACAGAACAAGAGCUUAUGACAAAUGUUCAGACUCGCCAAGUAGUGGAUCAUGAUAUCAUCAUCAGGUCAAGCACUGCUGCCAAUGAUGAAGCUGUACAUCUGAACAGAGUAAAAACAAAUCUUGACAAGCCAGAUGAAGACACUGUGCCAUUGCCAGAGGCAGAGGCUGCUACUGAGCAUCCUGUUGAAGUAGAAGAGGAACACAAAAAAGAACUGGAGGAAGAAGAAAUGGAACAGGUUGGAAAGCCAGAACGUUUGGUUGAAGAACAGGAUCAAGUGCAAGAGGAACAGGAACAACACAAACCAGAAGAGGACGAUGCAUUGGAAGGAAAUAACGAGGAGCAAAAGGAAGAGGAGACCAACAAUAUGCAAGGAAAUAAACAUACUGAGAGGGACCCAACACUCAAGCCUCACAGCAAGUACAAAUCUGCCUAUGAGGAGCAGCUGGAGCAGCAGCAACUAGCAGCACGGCAAAUGGAGGAAGCUAGGCACCUCAAAGAGCAACAGGAUCUACUGCACCAACAGAGGCUCAAAGAGCAUAUUCUCCGCCAGCAGCAACUACAUGAGAAUGACAUUGAACUGCAGAGGCAAAAUAAAUAUAAAGAGGAGCAGCUUGCUGAGAAGCUAAGGAAGCAGGCAGAGUACGAGAAUGCUGACCAUGAUAUUGUACAAGGAGAAGAAGAGCAACCUAUACAGCAGGAGGAAGCAGCUUAUGAAAGAGAUAAUCACCAGGAUGAGGCAGAAGACGUAGAUGCUGCUAACAAUGCGAAUGAGGAGCAAGCCUUGGAUCAAGAAGCUGAAAGCAGAGAGGGGCAAGAGAAGGCUGCUGCAGAAGAUGUGAAUCCAGCUGAUGAUCCAAAUAACCAAGGGGAAGAUGAAUUUGAAGAAGCAGAACAAGAACGAGAGGAGAACCUGCCCGAUGAGAAUGAGGCACAGAGGCAACAGCAAGAGCAUCCUGAGGUCCAGGAGCAUUUAGCGAUGGCUGGGAACCCUGAUCAGCAAGAAGACAAUAUUGACCAACAAUACCAAGAAGAAGAGGAGGAGGUCCAAGAAGAUUUAACAGAAGAAAGGAAAAGGGAACAAAAUGCUGAGGAGAUGUAUGGGGAAAAUGAGGAAAAUGAAAGACAGAUCGGUGCAGAGAGAGAACCUGAUGCACAACAAGAAGAGAACAAAGAAAGAAAUGAAGAGAACUAUGAAGAGGAAGAGGAGGAGGAAGAUGGGGCAGCUGGGGUGAAAAAUAAGCGAAGAGCCGAGAUGUAGUUACAGCCAGUACUGUUGAAAACGAUAAGAUGCAAAAACCAAGUUGGCCUUUAUCAUUUUUCAUUGUAUUUUUAUAUUCGAAUAUAUCUGACCUUUAUAUAUAAAGACUGUAUUUUUUAUUAAAUAAUGCUUAUUUUAAUAAUAUAGGCUUUUUUUUUUUUAUAAAGUAGUUCUGCAUCUUAAACCCAUAAUUUAUCCAAGCAGAUGUUUCAAAACCUAAAAAUUGCCUUGUGUUGUGUUAGAUACAUCUGAUGCUUAGUUUUAUAUAGCAGCACUUUGGCAAUUAGAUGCAAUAUGCAUUAUAUAAAUGGUCUGAAAAUAUAUAUAUGUGGAAUUUGCCAUUUAUGAAAUGGAAAGCAUGUACCACAAUGUUUAGAUAUGCCUCACUGGGUCAGGUUCAAAAA